GUACAUCAUCUAAUCUAAUCACGGAAACAUACGCAACAGCUAAGUAGUAUGUUUCCUUGUCUUUUCCUUAAUUCACAAUUAAUCUGACUUUGCACGCCCUAUAUAUCUCGCUUAGACCAACGAGAUCCAAAGUCAGAAUUGCUUUUUUUCAGCGAUACCCCAAGGAAAAAUCCAGAGUUCAACAGUUCUUGAUUUCUAUUGUUGAAAAUUGUGUGUACCUCUACUGAUCUGCAUAUCUUAAGUAGAAGAAGAAGAAGAAGAAGAUGACGGGUCAAGGGAGCUACAUGGCGCCUGAGGUGGUGGUGGUGGGGAAACAGUUCACGGCACCAUACCCGAUUGAUCUAACAAUUGUGCGCAAAAUGAUGACCAUUUCAGAAGGCAACUUUGGAGUCACGGAUGCAAAUGGUAACAUCUUGUUUAAGGUUAAGGGUAAAUUCUUCAGCUUUCGUGCUCGUCGUGUCUUGCUUGAUGCUGCCGGGAAUCCCAUAGUCUCUUUCCAGAGGAAGAUAAUGAGUAUGCAUAGUACUUGGAAAGUUUACAGAGGAGAUAGCAAGGACUCCAGAGAUUUACUUUUUACUGUAAGGAAGUCAUCUCUGUUCCAAUUCAAGACUCAACUGGAUGUCUUCUUGGCAUCCAACACUUCAAAAGAUAAUCGAGACUUCAAAAUCAAAGGCAGCUGGUUUGAGAAAUCAUGUACUAUUUAUGCUGGGAAAUCUUCUAAUGUCAUAGCCCAGAUGCAUCGGAAGCAUAGUUUUAGCAGCGUUGUGCUUGGAAAGGACAAAUUUGCAGUGACUGUGUACCCGCAUGUGGAUUAUGCCUUCAUCGUUUCCCUCAUUGUAAUUCUGGAAGAAAUCAAUGAAGAAGGCAAAAAUAAUGGCGGCGGUGCUGGCAGUGCUAGCUAAUUACUUUAUAAGUAUGUUUUUCAAGUUGUUUGAUAUACCCUUUCACCUCAAAGAAUGUAUCAGUAGUAGUAUAUCUGUCAGCUCAGAAUAUUAAUGUGCCACUUGAGGAAGAUGAGCUCUGCAGGCAAUAUGAUGUGAAAAAUGUUGAGUGCAGUACUAGAUAGUAGAUAAUUGUGUAUGAGCAUUUAUAGAUAACUGCAGUUUAAGUUGAUCAGUUCUUUAUUCAAAAAUGUAUUUUCUUCUUGUUUUA